UCUGAAUCCACUGCAGGUCAUAUUUUGCCCUAGUUCAGGUGUAAGUACAGUUGCUGCCUGAUGGACCUAGGUGAACCCAGAGGACUUGAUAGAAUGGAUGGUGCCACGGGAGGUGGCCACGUUUCAUCCCCGAGAGGAUGCUUUCCCGGCAUGGACACGAAUCACUCGCAGUGUUGGAGGGAAGAGGAUGGACUCAUCAUGACAGGGGAACUGUACAUUGGCAACAUUCCAUACAAAAAUCAGGAUGAAGUCAGGGGAAUGUUUGAGGAAUUUGGAGAGGUGAUGAACUUCUCCGUAUUCUCACAGUAUCAGGCCAAAGAUGGUCAGCUGCUUGCAGAUGCUCUGGUGCAAUACAAAACAUUCGGGGAGGCACAGCAUGCCCUCCAUAACCUGCACAACUGUGAGCCAUACUUUCUAAACAUUCAGUUAGUUGCCAUGGAACAUGCUGAUGGCAAUGCCUCUGGUGAAGGUGAUAGUCACAUGGAGGAUAACUCUCAUGAGACAAGAAAGUAUGGUCGACAACAGGAGGAAUAUGAUAUUUCAGAAGCUGCUUUGAGACUCCGUCUGCAAAGUACAAGUGGUGGAACGAGAAAGGACAGCAGCAGCGUUAACUCUUCAUCAGCCCAAGGAGGAGCCCCUCCUCUUGAUGGAUCCAAUCCUCCAAGGAAUGCUUCAUUCCUAUUCUGGACUGAUCCGGAUGCUCCCUCCUAUGGUGAUGAAGUAUUUAUCUCAGGAGAGGCUUUUGAGAAGUUUCUGGCCGAAGAUGAAAGGGCAGUAGAAGUUGGCACAGACUUGCCGCAGACUCUGCCAGAUUUCACCCUGAACUCUGCCUAUUUGAGAGAAGUGAAUGGACCAUUUGGUGAUGAGGCAAAAUCUAUCAGUGUCUAUUUGGGGGAAAAGUCUGGUCCUUUGGGAAAUCUGGAAGGAAAUGGUGAGAAGCCAUUUUUUGGACCAUGGCCUAUGGGCUCAUGUUAUGCAAAGCAGGGGUCCCACCUCAGCAGAAGUUCCAUUGCAGGAGGAGAUCGGCUCACUUUCUUGUCUGUGGAAUCGGAAAGCCACCUGCAGAGAGAUGUUUAUUCAACUUCUGCAGAAAUCAACUUGCCUGAAGAGUGCAGUGGAGUUGCAGUCACUGUUGAUCCAGCACAGAAUGCAUUGGAAUUUUUCGGCAGUGAAUUCAUGGAGAGUGGUGAGAGAGAUGAGAGGCAUGUCACACCCCCACGGGAACAUCACCAGGACACAGGGCGGCGUUUUUCAACUCCAACCCCGACAGCAUCUCUUGGGGAAAGUCCUAGUGGCUUAAGUCCCAUAUGCCUCUUUCAAGAUCAUGAAAGGAGUGGAAGUGUCAGUCAGUGA